UGAAUCUCGUGGCUGAGUUUGAAACGCCGGCAGGCGGACCUUGAAGUUAAGUGUCUCCGUAACUUGUCCUGGGCCUGAGAGAACUGUUCAGGCACACAUAAAUGGAGGAAUCAAGAUCAUCAACAAAGUCUGUCACUGAGGAAGACCUAUGUCACCAUAUGAAAGUAGUUGUUCGUGUGCGUCCUGAAAACAUGAAAGAAAAAGAGGCUGGAUUCCAUAAAGUGGUCCAUGUUGUGGAUAAGCAUAUUCUAGUUUUUGAUCCCAAGCAAGAAGAAAUCAGUUUUUUCCAUGGAAAGAAAACUAUAAAUCGAGAUAUUACAAAGAGACAAAAUAAGGAUAUUAAAUUUGUGUUUGAUGCUGUUUUUAAUGAAACUUCAACUCAAUUAGAAGUUUUCGAACACACUACUAAGCCAAUUAUUCGUAGUUUUCUGAAUGGAUAUAAUUGCACAGUACUUGCAUAUGGUGCCACUGGAGCUGGGAAGACCCACACUAUGCUAGGAUCAGCUGCUGAACCUGGAGUGAUGUAUCUAACAAUGUUAGACCUUUACAAAUCCAUGGAUGAAAUUAAAGAAGAGAAAGUAUGUAGUACUGCAGUCUCUUAUCUGGAGGUCUAUAAUGAACAGAUUCGUGACCUCUUAGUAAAUUCAGGGCCACUUGCUGUCCGGGAAGAUGCCCAAAAAGGGGUAGUCGUUCAAGGGUUGACUUUACAUCAGCCUAAAUCCUCAGAGGAAAUUUUGCAGUUGUUAGAUAAUGGAAACAGAAACAGGACACAGCAUCCCACUGAUAUGAAUGCUACAUCUUCUCGUUCUCAUGCCGUUUUCCAGAUUUAUUUGAGACAACAAGAUAAAACAGCAAGUAUCAAUCAAAAUGUCCGAAUUGCCAAGAUGUCGCUCAUUGAUCUAGCAGGGUCUGAGAGAGCCAGUUCUACUAGUGCUAAAGGGACCCGGUUUAUAGAAGGCACGAAUAUUAAUCGAUCACUUUUAGCUCUUGGGAAUGUUAUCAAUGCCUUAGCAGAUACAAAGAGAAAGAAUCAGCAUAUUCCUUACAGAAAUAGUAAGCUUACUCGCUUGUUAAAGGAUUCUCUUGGAGGAAACUGUCAAACUAUAAUGAUAGCUGCUGUUAGUCCAUCCUCUCUGUUCUACGAUGACACAUAUAACACUCUUAAGUAUGCUAACCGUGCAAAGGACAUUAAAUCUUCUUUGAAGAGCAAUGUUCUUAACCUCGAUAAUCAUAUAACUCAGUACGUAAAGAUAUGCAAUGAACAGAAAAAAGAGAUUUUAAUGUUAAAAGAAAAACUAAGGGCCUAUGAAGAACAGAAAGCCUUUAUGGAUGAAAAUAACAAAGCAAAGUUAAUGAUUCCAAAUCCUCAGGAAAAAGAAAUUGAAAGAUUUCAAGAAAUUCUUAACUGCUUGUUCCAGAAUCGAGAAGAAAUCAGGCAAGAAUAUCUGAAGUUAGAAAUGUUACUUAAGGAAAAUGAACUUAAAUCAUUCUAUCAACAACAGUGCCAUAAGCAAAUAGAAAUGAUGUGUUCUGAAGAUAAAGUGGAAAAGGCCACUUGCAAACGAGAUCAUAGACUUGCAAUGUUGAAAACUCGCCGCUGCUAUCUAGAGAAGAAAAGGGAGGAGGAAUUGAAGCAAUUUAAUGAGAAUACUAAUUGGCUCCAUCGUGUCGAAACCGAAAUGGGACUCUUAGGUCAAAAUGGUCAUAUUCCAAAGGAACUCAAUAAAGAACUUCAUUGUCACCAUUUGCAUCUACACAACAAAGAUUUGAAAACACAAAUUAAACAUAUGAUGGAGUUGGCUUGUCUUCAAGAACAGCAACACAGGCAGACAGAGGCAGUGUUGAAUGCUUUACUUCCAGUCCUAAGGAAACAGUAUUGUGCUUUAAAAGAAUCUGGCCUGGUAAAUGCUACUUUUGAAGCUGAAUUCAAAGAAAUUGAACAUUUGGUAGAGAGGAAGAAAGUGGUGGUUUGGGCUGACCAAACUACUGAACAUUCAAAGCACAGUGAUCUACCAGGGGUUUCUAGUCUUAUGAUCUUUCCACAACUUGGACCAAUCCAGUCUUCUCCUUGUUGCACAUCUUCCAGUGAAUCUAAUCUGCUUAAAAUUACUCCACAAAAAAGAACUCGAAGAAAACUAAUGCCUUCUCCCUUGAAAGCAAAGCAUACCCAAAAGUCUACACUCUCUGAAAAUAUGCAGCUCAAUGAUUCCCUCAGCAGAGAACUUCAACCCAUUGUAUAUACUCCAGAAGAUUGUAGAAAAACUUCUCAAAAUCCAUCUACAGUGACAUUAUUAAAACCAUCAUCACAUAUUACCAGUUUUCAGGCCAUAAGCUCAAAAGCAAACAGUGAUAAUUCUCUAAAAAUGUUAUGUGAAGUAGAUAUCCCUCUCAGUAGGAAAAAAGAAUACGCACAGGAGGAUUUGGAGUCUACGUUUCUUAUAUGUGAAAACACCAGGAGCUUGAAAAGUGAAUUACCUGAACAAGAAUCACUAACAAACAGUAACAUUUUACAAAGGCUUGCCCCUACUUCAUUCUCAACUAAACAUUCUCUGCCUAUACCAAACAUAGUACCAUCCUACAUGGCAAUGACUGCUGCUGCCAAAAGGAAACGGAAAUUAACAAGUUCUACUUCAAAUACUUCAUUGACUGCUGAGGUAAAUGCUGGAUCUGCCAAACGUGUUCAUCAAGAUAAGUCAAGUGAUAAGCACUUACAAGAAAACAGACCAACAGUGGAAUAUAAAAGGAACAUCCAUAAAGUCAAGCCAAGUAUGGUUAGAAAAUUUGGAAGAAGUAUUUCAAAAGGAAAUCUAAGAUAAAUCUCUUCUAAAUCAAGGAAAAUGACAUUGACAAGUCAGCUUUUAAAAGGGUUUGUUGCCAGUGCCCUUUAAGAAACUUGUCUAAAAUCUUUGAAAUUAGACCCUCUUAAAAGUUGGGUUUCCCUAGAUUUUAACAACCCUCAGCAUGCAGAAAAUGAAAUUCCUUCUAUUUUGUUCUUUUGUGUU